AAAGUUUAACUAUAGAAAUAUUAUUUUAUUUAAAAUAGCAGCAUAUUAUUAUUAUUAAAAUUAAUUUCGAAACAGAAAUUUAUCUUUCUAAGUCAUUUCCAGCGGAGGGUUUUAAUUUUCAUUUUCAAGGAUGGGAAACCCACAUGAUGAGGAAAUUGAGGACAUUGAAGAUUUAGGAGAAACACCUGAAGUGUCUCGAAUAGCUCAGUUGAAGGCUUCUGGACCUGUUCCUAAAGUUACAAGAAAAAAUGUAGCUGGUCCUGAAGUUGUUGCUGAUAGCAUUAUUCCUGGAACACAGAAUGUUUAUGUCAAAACAUGGGGAUGUGCUCACAAUAGUUCAGACAGUGAAUAUAUGGCUGGUCUUUUGAAUGAAAAUGGUUAUAAUAUUACAGAUGAUGCUUCAUUAGCGGAUAUUUGGCUUUUAAACAGCUGUACUGUAAAGAAUCCAGCUGAAGAUCACUUUCGAAAUGCCAUCGAGGAGGGGCGAAAGAAUGGGAAAUAUGUUGUUGUGGCUGGAUGUGUAUCCCAAGCUGCUCCAAAGACACCUUACAUGGAAGGACUCAGCAUGAUUGGAGUGCAGCAAAUUGACAGAGUUGUAGAAGUUGUAGAGGAAACUUUGAAAGGAAAUUCUGUCCGACUCUUGGGCACCAAAAAAGUUUCAGGGAAGAAACAAGGAGGUGCUUCCCUGCAGCUACCAAAAGUUAGAAGAAAUGAGCUUAUUGAAAUCAUACCUAUAAAUACUGGUUGUUUAAACCAUUGUACAUAUUGUAAAACAAAACAUGCUAGAGGAAAAUUAGGCAGUUACCCAAUAUCAGAAAUUAUACAGCGUGCUGAACAAGCAUUCUCAGAGGGAGUAAAAGAGCUUUGGUUAACAUCUGAAGAUACUGGUGCAUAUGGAAGAGAUAUUGGGGAAACACUGCCAAAUUUACUUUACCAGCUAGUUGAAGUUAUACCUGAAAACUGUAUGCUUCGUCUGGGAAUGACAAACCCACCUUAUAUUCUAGAACACUUAGAGGAUAUGGCCAAGAUAUUAUCACAUCCUAGAGUUUAUUCUUUUCUACAUGUUCCUGUUCAAUCUGGAAGUGAUUAUGUUUUGGGUGAAAUGAAGAGGGAGUAUUGCAUAGACGAUUUCAAAAUGGUAGUGAACUUUCUGAGGGAAAGAGUUCCUGGUAUUACCAUAGCGACUGAUAUAAUUUGUGGUUUUCCUACAGAAACUGCUGAGGAUUUCCAAGAAACCAUGAAUUUAGUGAAAGAAUAUCAUUUCCCUGUGUUAUUUAUAAAUCAAUUUUUUCCUCGACCUGGAACACCAGCAGCAAAAAUGAAGAGAGUGCCCGGAAAUGAGGUGAAACAACGAACAAAAGCCUUAAGUGAUUACUUUCAGUCUUAUACUUGCUAUGGCAAAAAUGUAGGUACUGUUCAGAGAGUUCUUGUGACUGAAGUAUCACAUGAUAAGAACCACUAUGUAGGCCAUAAUAAAUUUUAUGAACAGGUAUUAGUUCCAAAGAAAGAGGAAUACUUAGGAGAAUUCCUCACAGUUCGAAUAACCAAAGCAGGAAAACAUUACAUGAUAGGAGAGCCAGUUCCAACAAAAACAUUAAAUAAUGAAAUAAAAAAAUUAACAAGAACAUUUAAAUCUUCUACUGCUUUGAUGUAUUCUCUUUUUGUUUUACUCAUAGCUGUAGUUAUUUAUAUAAUACAAAAGAAUACAAUGUUAUUUUAAUUA